AUGUUUUUAGGUGUUGUAACGGUCUAUGAAUUACCAGCAAUAAAUAUAGUUAAUAAAAAAAUCGGUAAAAUCACUUUUUGGAGGCUAGGUAUUUUCCGGAAAUCAACACAAACUCACCCGCCCUACUGGCAACGACGCAGCUUCAACCCGCUCAUUCUGGCCGCCUCACAUAACAGCGAAAGCGAUAACAAUAAUUCUGUUAGCGGCAGUGGCAGCGAUAAGAAGUCCUUCUCGUUGCAUUGCUGUUGCGUGAUAGUCGACAUAACGCCAGUUUCACAGGCCGCACGUUUGACAUCGGCAACAACGGCCUCGGGAAGGGAUGUAACCGCUGGCGGUGGGGGCAGCGGUGGUGGCGGUGGCGGAGUACUCGGUGAUGGUGUCUCACAGCUAGCGAGCAGUCUGUUUCGUUUCGGCAGCAGUAAAAAGCGCGGGGUUUGUAUUUGUAAUGCCCAAUGUAGGCUGCAGUCGUUGGAACAAGCACAGCUCGGCCAGCUAGACCCAUCGUUAAAGGCACAUCACGGCUCCUUGGAUCGACUUUUACAACAGCAGCAGCAGCAACAACAACUGCAGCAAGCGCAACAUCGACCUACUGCCUCAGCCGUGCAUUCCAUUGGUGGCGUAAUUGACGGUGGAGGUUCUGGCGCCCUUCUCGGAUCAGCUGAUUCUGAUGGUGAUGGGGAUGAUGAGAAGGAGCCCGAGUUGCCACCACGUCCACCGUCACGCGCAAAGUCGAAUGUGCGCCAGAUAAAGGAGGAAUUUGAUCGUGGCGUCGAAGUUGAGAAAUUCUAUCACCAAAUCAACGGCGACAUAUUUGAGAUCACACGUAGGGUACGCGCCCGUGAUGAAGAUACUAUCGAACAAAAGGUGAUUAAGCGUAAAGGUUCCAUUCGUUUACCACCAGAGCCACCGCCACGACAAUCGUCGGCAUCUCAUGGUCAAGUAUAUCACGGGCAUGAUCAUGGGAUCGGGCAACCGCAUCACGUGCAUCGUCAUGCGGCCGAUAAUAACAAGCCGCAGCUACCUCCACGUCGUCAGAAGAGUGCUGAAGAGGUACCCGUAUCAAAGAGUACCACUCGCGCACCAGAUGAACUAGAGUGGUUCGAUCGUAAAGCCCAGCAAAGGCAUUCAGCACGCUCAGCCGAAAGCGGUGCUGUUCGUGAUGAUACUAUUGAGUGGCUAGAAAGACAAAGGGGUCCUGUGCGCACUUCUUCUGGUCCAAGCGAAAUCACUGUGAUGAAAGAUGAGGUACCCGAUUGGCUUUUAGAGCAUUUGCCUCGCAAACGUUCCAUGGUUGAAAGGUCAAUACCGUCAGAAUCAAAAACAAGUACCGCUUCCUACGCGAAAGCGCUUAAAGAGGAAUUGGCGGAAUUAUUGAAAAAACCUUUAUCUAGACAGAGUUCUGGUCCACCCGGAGAAUUUUCGAUUCUCAAAACUGAUAUUGUGGAAUGGCUGACAAAAUUGCAAACGUCAUCAAGAGGUUCCGCACGUGAAGAAGCGCCGCCUCCAAAAACCCGUCGAUCGCAUCAUAGGGGCAACGGCAGUGGUGAUACGCAACGAUCGCAUUCGCAAGAAGAUGCCACCGUCGCACAACAGGCGGCGCGCAAGCGGCACUCGCUGGGUCACAGUGACCGCAGCGAGGAAGAGAUGAUUGAUUGGAUUGCUUAUCCUUUGAACCGACUGCAAUCGCUAGGCAAGCCACCGCAAGCGCAGCAAGUCCAGACGAUAGACAGACGUCAGCCCUUUCUGGAUUUGCAUCACAAACCCGCACCUCCGCAACAGCCAAUAUGCACGGAUCGUGAACGGCGAUCUCACGAGCGUUCGCGAACACGCAAACUUCGGCAUUCCGCCAGCGAAGUUGUAACUGCACCCACCACCUCCGCAGCAGCGCAAAGUCAGCUGGAACGAUUAUACGCCAAGCCGCACAAAGAGCGUUAUCAGUAUGUGCCUAAAGAAGCCAAAGAUAUAAUGUUGCCUCCUAAGGAGACUGCUAUGACCACUGCCGCCACCGCCGCAACCAGCGCUACUGUGCGUGAAUCGAAACGUGAACGAUCACGUCGCCAUCACACACAGCGAUCUGCUACAGUCUCGGACAUGUCCGGUCAUCAUAAUGGUGGCCUUAAAAGAAAAUCGUCAUCGGCUGAACGUGCGCCGCGUUCCCCUUCGCCUUGUAACGAUCCCGCCUGUCGUUUGCUCCCCAUCUGUACUGACCCGCACUGUCGUUUCCUAGAAUGCCAAACAAUGGAACGCGGCUCGCGUAUGACAGUAACCACAUCAGCGUCGACGAUGAACCUCGCACGUCAUCAACAAGUGGCGAGAGCACAAAUGCACACAGUGCCUGCACACAUAACGUCGGAUGAAACACCAACGCCGCCACCACCGCCUACAGCGUCACAGCAACAACAUAUGCAACAAUUCCAAGCAGUACCACAACGAAGCCUGGUUAUUUGUCAUGAGUGCCGUUCAUGUGCGCCAUUGCUCACCUGCCAGAAUCGUAAGUGCUUCAACGCCGCCAAGUGCAACUCACUGCCACGCAGCGCAGCAGAUUUCAAUCGGUUGCGCACCACACUCGCUCAGUCGCCAGCUACGCUCGACGAUAUAGAACCAGCGCCUGAGACACCUUCACCCCAAUUGCGCCAUCCAGGCAUGCAAUAUCGUAGCAACUCGCAACCUAACACCCUACAACGAGGCGACUCUGCUGCCGCUAUAUGGCAACAGGAGAGCAUGGCCACGGUGGGGAGCGGUACAAUGAUGGCUCCAGACAUGACCCUCAUCUCUAGCUCACAACCACCGCUUCCUCCUUCGUCGCUACACAUUGGUUCUGCUAUGAACGGUCGCCUCUACUACAACGGUCGCAACGGUAAUGGCAUGCCACAUCUUAAUGGCACUAAUGGUAAAUUAAUGAAAUCCGCAUCGGCUGCAUCGCUUAACUCGCGUCGGCGUCGUCACAAAACAGUGCAUUUCGGUGAAAAUUUACUACGGGAAGUUUGCCAAAAUCGUAAACUAAUCAAAACUGAACAAGUUCCGUCCGGUUCGGCGCCAAUGAAAGCCAACAUACAGAUGCUAUAUAAUUUUGUAGAAGGUGUGUUGAGUGCGUGGGUGGACGACGACGAAGAGCAGGUGCGUUCCGGUGCUGAAUCAGAGCCUGAACAGGGCACUAUGGCACUGAAACCGAUUUAUCGAUGCAAUCGGUUACGUUACCAGUGCAUCAAACGAAUCGUAGAGGAAGCGGCUGAGCUACAGGGCACACUAAAACUUGGCAAUUCGCGUUAUCGUCAUCGACAUUGGCGCAGCACUGCAAAGCAGUGCAACGAAAUGUUUUUGCGAAAGAUAUCUGAUGAUGAUCGAAUGAGCUUAACUACAGCCGUCUCUGAUGAAGAUGAUGGCGAAAGUGUCAUGGCGUCACCAUAUAAAGCAAAGGCAACUGGAACGGCUGCUUCCUCUUUCAAUUGCACUGGUGCUGUACGCAAAGCUGGUUUCUUGUCGGUGAAAAAAUGGCUACUCCGCAAAAAGCAUCAAAUCGAAUUGGCUCGAAAACGAGGUUGGAAAGGUUAUUGGGUUUGUCUAAAAGGCACCACACUACUCUUCUAUCCGUGCGACUCACGUGAAGGGCGUAGCGUCGAAGCGGCACCAAAGCAUUUAAUUAUUGUUGAUGGUGCGAUUAUGCAACCUAUACCAGAGCAUCCUAAACGUGAUUACAUAUUCUGUUUGAGUACAGCAUUCGGAGAUGCGUAUCUAUUCCAAGCGCCUUGUCAGGUUGAAUUGGAAAACUGGGUAAACAGUAUUCAUAGUGCUUGUGCUGCAGCAUUCGCACGACAUCGCGGAAAAACUGGAACCUUACAUCUCUUGCAAGAAGAGAUUUUCCGCUUGGAAAAAGCCAUUGAAUCGGAUCACAAACUGAAGCAUAUGGCUGAGCUGCAACAAUCCGUUGUUACCGACCAAGAUACACGCCAUCAAAUACAGACACAGAUUCUGCAAUGGGAAGAGAAUUUGGAGCGUUUACAUUGCGAGCAGUUCCGCUUGCGUUGCUACAUGGCGUCGUUGCAGAGUGGCGAAUUGCCAAAUCCAAAAUCUUUGCUCACACAUGUUUCGCGGCCCACCAAAAAUACUUUGAAUAAACUGGGCGUCUUUACUGUAUCCUCAUUUCAUGCAUUCAUUUGUGCUCGUUCGCCAUCUUUGCUGAAUAACUUAUUGGCCGGUCGUGGUGCCACGAAACGUCGACCUCCGAUGCUCUCCCGUUCGAAUAGCGGCUCAAGUCGACGAUCCAUGCAGAUGAAUUCACGUGACGAACCAGAAAAAACCUUCAAAGUUGCCAUGCCUGAUAACGCAUAUGCCACAGUUUAUUUACGUGACGCCAUGUCGGUGGAAGAAUUUUUGGCCAGCGCCUGUGCUCGUCGCAAUCUGAAUCCGAUGGAACAUUUCGUACGUGUGAAGAAGCGACGUGACAUGGAGGAUCACAACUACUUUGUGCCACAUCGUAAUGAUUUGAUUGAAAAUUACUUGCAUAACCACGAAUUCGUUGAGGUUUGCAUGAAGAUACUCUAUCAAGUGGAAUUACAUCGAACUACGCUCGAACAAAUGUGGGGCUUCUCCGUCGAAGCGGAAUUGAUCGAGAAUGCCGAACGACAGGAUGAACUCUGCUGCUAUGUUAGCCGCGUAGAGGAUAAGAGUGUAGCCAUGCAAAAUGGUAUUAUCAAGGGAGACGAAAUAAUGGUGAUCAAUGCUGCAAUUGUAUCCGACUUGGAUAUGAUGUAUUUGGAAAGUGUAUUGCAAGAGGAGCAGUCGCUGUGCAUGAUGAUGCGGUCAUCACGCACUGAACCACCAGAUCUAGUUGGCAUUAUGCGCGUCACUGAUGACAUGAUUGAUUCAUUGGUUUGUCCACCGCCACCAUCGGAUCCACCCGUAAUGAGCGAAGAGAUGAUAUCCGGUUUAAUCGUACCGGCGCCAGGUUGGAAUGGCACCGGUAAAGAUUUAUAUUCACCUGAGGCUGAAAGCUCACCGGCCCCAUCAUCCGUUGAGCCGACACCAGCUCAAAUGGUCGCAGCCGUCACCAAGCCGACUUCCCGUACGAGCAGUUUCGAAAUUGAGAAUCUUCUUAAGACCGCAGAGCAGGUUACCGGAUUUUGUCGUUCACCUCAGGAAACCCGUAAAUCCAGCCCAACUGGCUCAGUCACAUCGUCAGCCUCGAAUGCCGCACUGACACCGUCACGUCAGCUCACCGAUGCCGAGAAACUGCGCAAGGUCAUCUUGGAAUUGGUCGAUACAGAACGCACGUAUGUUAAGCACUUGAAUAAUCUACUGGAACACUAUUUAGAACCAAUGAAGCGAGAGACAUUCCUAUCGAAUGCUGAAAUAAAUGCACUCUUUGGUAAUAUUCACGAAAUUGUCACAUUUCAAAGACAAUUCUUGCAAAAUCUGGAAGAAGCACUGGAAUUGGAGCCAGAUUUUCAUAAAUUCGAGCAUUCUAGUCAGUUCCGGAAUGUUCUCUUUGCAAUCGGUUCGGCUUUCUUGUACUACGUCAACCAUUUCAAGCUCUACUCAUCAUUUUGUGCCAGCCACAGUAAAGCGCAAAAGGUUUUGCAUCCAAAUGAAGGUAAUCACGCAUUGCAGGAGUUCCUUGCCGCACGUAACCCGAAACAGCAACACAGCAGCACUCUCGAAUCGUACUUAAUCAAGCCGAUACAGCGCAUCCUCAAGUACCCUUUGCUUUUGCAACAACUGCGCAAUUUAACCGAUUCGCGAGCCGACGAACACUUGCACUUAUGCGAGGCUCUCAAGGGCAUGGAAAAAGUGGCUGAGCAUAUCAAUGAAAUGCAACGAAUACACGAAGAAUAUGGUGCUAUAUUCGAUCAUUUGUUCCGACAACAUCAGAAAUCAUGCAAGCAACCCAUUGAUUUGAGUCCAGGUGACCUACUCUAUUACGGUGGUGUUGAGUGGCUUAAUAUUUCCGAUUUUCUUGGCAAAAUCAAGAAGGGCCUGGAGUUGCACGCCAUGUGCUUUGUUUUUAAAUCAGCGGUUGUGUUCCUCUGCAAAGAACGUUUGCGUCAAAAGAAGAAACUGAUGGGAGUCUCCAGUAAAAACGCUCCCAACGAAGUCGAAAUUAUACGCUAUCAAGUGCUCAUACCAGUCACAGAGGUACAAGUGCGCGCCUCCUCUGCAAAAGAUAUGGACUCGCACUUCCUAUGGGAAUUGAUACAUUUACGCUCACAACUACAGCGCCGCUCCGAAAAGGUUUACGUGCUCUCGAACAGCACGGCAGACUUCCGUAACGCAUUCCUUAAAACUAUACGUCAAAUCAUACGCGAAAGCGUACGCAACAUGUCAAUUCCGUUGAAGGGAUUUGGAAGUUCCGGCUCAGUUUCUGGUAUCUCAUCGCAAGGUGGUGGAUCGGGCACUUCUCAAACGCUGGAACGACCAAAGCAACAGAUAACAAUCAUACAAGGUUCUCAGACAUUAGGUAAACCCAAAAAGAAAUCCGGUUCGCAACGUCAUUCUGCCGGCAACAUCGACUACGAUAAUCUCUCGGGCAGCCAAGAGGCCGACGAUGUGCCAAUGCUACACCAUCAGCAUCAGCAUCACCAGCAACUACAACCGACUGGUUUUCGUGGGCGCAGCAGGACUGUGGGCGAUGCUAACGACUUAAUCUCCUCCUCUAUAGACCCACAGCAACAGCAGCAUCAAAAGCAUAUACAACGUCACCAACAACAAAUUCAUCACCAUCAGCAAAUGCAUCAGAGCGAUAUAGAACGCAUGGACCCUGGUACUAAGUCCGAAGGAGAGGAGGACUCCCAACAGGGCACAAUGAAAGUGAAAGCCACGCUGGGUCGUACACCAAAUCACUUGACGUUAAGCACCACAUCAACCCUAUCGGUCGGUAGCACUGGUAGUCAAGCGCGUUUGAUACAAUCAUCCCAUCCGCCAUCGAGCUAUCAGCCCGUUCUUAUGAAAGAUUUAGGUAAGACUAACUCAAUAACAAACGAACUAUCGUCUUCCCCUCAAGCAGAAUUCAUGGAAGCCACUGCGUCAGCGACAGUAUGCUCUUUGUCGGAAGCAAUGGAGGCCACGGAUCAAAUGAUGUUUAUGAUCGAAGAGAUGGGCAUAGAGGCCGGAGAAAUGGGCGAGGAGGAGGAGCAGAGGGAAGAGAUGGAUUACAUACUCGAGUCGGAUUUGCAAGCUGCAUCCUUAGCAGCAGCUUUUAAUUUAAGUUUAGGUAGUAGUGAUAGUAGAAUUCUAUAUACAACAGGUAAUACCAGUGGUGUUACUAGUGGUUUGACAAUUAGGGGUAGUAAUGUAGCCACCACGAACAGUGGUAACGAUAAUUAUUUGCAUUGUGUUCCUACUCCCAAACGCUUGUCUCCACGACAAUCGCCCAAAGCAGAUAUCGAAGUAAUUGAAAUUUUCAGCAAUGAGCUAAGUCAAUUGUCCGCCGCUCAGCAAGUAUCGGUUGUGCAUCAUUCAGCAAAAGAGUCUUCCAAAAAGUCGACCAGUCGCCAAACAAGUGUCAGCAGCAGCGGUAGUGGUAGCAGUAGCAACGGCGCUACUGCCUCCGCCAACAAUGUAAUGGCUCAUGUAGUAGAUAAGCACUUGAGUGAUCUCGAGCACGAACAGCUCACGGACACCACGUACGAUAUCGCUGCCUAUAUGGCCAAUCUUAAAGAACAGGCACUCGAAUCACAAGAUAUGCAAAUGGACGCACAAGAUCAGCAACAAAAUGACUCGAGUCUUUCGCCGGAACCACAGACGGUAGUGGAAAAUACCCAGCAAACAGUGGUGGCUGAUAUCGAAUCACCACCACGAGCUGCCACAGAAUCUGAUAGCACAGGAACCACAACAGGCACCUCAGAAAAGUCUGAAGACGAAUCGGAAUGUGCUAUGUCAACGGCGAUGCAUCACGUCAUUAUCGAUAAGAAAGUUGAUAAAGUAUUUAAGUCCAAAACCUCUGAGAAGGCACAAAAAUCGAGUAGUGGCAGCAGCAGUAGCAUCGCUAGUACUGGCACAAAGCCAAAGGCGACAAAGUCGCCACGUCAAAGCAUAUACAUUUCACCCGACCGCUCCAAAUCGCAAGGUAGUUCACCAGUACGAAUAAUUAAAAUAAAGUCACCACGCGCAAGUGUCAGUGAGCAAGGUAAGCGAUUAAGUGUUAGUUCAAGCCGCGACUCCUCGGCCGAUCGUCUUUCCAGCGGACGGCGCACACCCAGCCCUCGUCGCAGCUCGGAAGGCAGUGGCAUAUUAAAGAGACCCGUCAGCCCUGCUGGCGGCAUACUUAAGCCACCACCAAGCCCUAGCAAAUCGAAAAGUCCCGACCGUAGCUGCCUGAAAAAACUCACACCCGCUCACGACUGCAGCGUUGAGUCACUUUCUCCACAUAUUUCACCGCGCGAUAGCAUUGAGCACCUAUCGCCCGAUCGUGCCGGCACCAAUCUUUGUCAACGACACUCGCCGCGCAGUAGUUUCGACAGUCGUUGCUCCGAACCAAACCUUGACAUACCACGUCCAUCACUCAAAUCGCCGCGAGGAAGUUUCGACUCACGUUCGCCUGAACGCUCCAGUCGCAAACGUAGUCAGUCUGCACAUGGCAGUAUGGAAAUGGGACAGCGGGCAACAGCAAUAGCAGCCUCCGAAGCCUGCUACCAGCAUUAUCCGAUAUACGAUAAUCAAACCUGCAGCGAUCAUUAUAUUUCAGCAGCUACACCGAGCAUACCGCGAGAUAACGGCACUACGGCGAGUACGCGUCGCUUAAGUAAAUCUUUAGAGCGCUCUACGUCGCGCGAAAGUACGACAAGUAGUUCUUAUCGUUAUGGCGUUUCGCCAGAACGCAUUUACACAAUCGAUACCAUAGGUACUACGGGUCCACUGCGAUCGCAAUCGGCUGAAAAUGCAUUCGCACGUUACGCCUACUAUCCUCAAACAGGCCAACACUAUCCAAUGCAACUACAGGAAACAGUCCCCGCCGUUCAGCCAGCUGCCUUCAUGUAUACUCACGAACCACAGUGUCCACACGAGCGCAUCGCCGCCUACCAGCUAAGCUCUUCUGCGCCCGAGUAUACGACAUGCGUUGACUGUCUGUAUCAGAACAAACCUUCCUAGCAUAAGACCCGCGUGCGGCAAAGUCGCACGCGGAAGAAAACACCACGUGGCGUAGUUCAACUACCCACGGCAACGGCAUCAGGAAUGAUUUGCGCGGCCAGCUUUGAUCCUGACGCAGCCGUUGCGGCGGGUGCCAGCGAGGCAAGUGGGUGUGUGGAUUGCCACGAUUACUACGAGAUACACGUCUAAAAAGACGGGCAAGGGAAUCAAAGAAAAUGUGCUCGAUAACCCUCAAAACAUAUUCAAGUACCAAACAAACAAAAUAGUCUUAUGUACAUGUGGAUGGGUGUAUGUGCCAACUACCAUAUUCGUACAGUACAUACAUACAUUCACGUACAGGUGCCACAAAACCAUAAAAAACUUGUUGCCAUCCAAAAGUCCUCAACUUAAAAAUUUUUGUGUCCACGUAUUUGCAUGUAUUCAUCAUUGUUAUGUGUCACA